AUUAAGGAAACUGACACCACGAUCAAUUCAGAUAUCGUGCGGAUUACGAGAAAGAGGAAGGGAAUGAGCGGAAGUUAUUUGCAUAAAUAUGGCCAGGUACAUGGUGUGUGAUUUCAUAGGUUAAGAUAUUCGUAAACAACUUUGGUCAUGCGGGGUUUUAAAUGUUUUCUUCAAGAUUUGUGAAUCCUGCUUGAGUUGUUUGCGUGUUUUCUUGCCAGGCGCCGUAUAAAGUGUAAACAUUGGAAGGAUUCUUCGCUUGCUCAGCAGUCGUUGCGAGGCAACACUUGCCUUUAACGGCCUAAGGACGGCGAAAAUGUUAAUAAAAAUUGGUGGAAGAAAGAGAUGAAGGUACUCAGGGUUCACAUAACACGGUGUCAUUGAAAUUUAAUGUAUGAAAUCCGAGAACUUGAUAUGUUAUAAUGCAAUGUACUAUUAAACAUGUUUCAGUAUGAACACAGAUGGACCAUUUAUAUCAAAGACAUUUGGAUCAGUUUCCCCAAGGAGGCGAAGGGAAGUUGUUUCAACAGUUGACAACAGACCAAGAGCUCCACCUGAACCAGAUGAAAAUCGAAACAGUGGAUUAAAAAGAUUGAAAUCUCGCAGUUGGAGUUCUGUCAGAAGAUGGGAAAAAGAAAACGAAUUAUUAUUUGCUAUGAUAGAGGAUGAAUCUGAAUGGUUGGCUGAAUUAUUUCCAGAAGAAAUCAUUGCUCCCGAGUUCUUUUUCUUUGCCCUGGAGGAUGGUGUACUUUUAUGUAAAUUAGCAAAGUUAAUCCAGCAGCAUGCUGAUGGAUAUGGUAAAAAGCAUGGAAUUGAAAUUCCUAAGUAUGACAUCAAGUUUCAUCCAAGGAGUAAAACUAGAGGCCAAAUUGGUCAGUUCAGAGCAAGAGAGAAUGUAACUGAGUUUUUGUCUUGGUGUAGAAAACAUCAUGUGCCUGAAGUUAUUUUAUUUGAAUCUAAUGAUGUUGUACAAACUGAAGAGUUACGUGAAGGUGCCAGAGAGGUUGUAAUUUGUUUAAUGGAAGUUGCAAGGCGGUCUUUGAAGUAUGGAGUUAAACCUCCUAAGCUUAUUUUAUUGGAAAAAGAAAUUGAGGAGGAGGAGAAGAAAAAUGGUUAUGAAAGGCAAAACUCAACUGAUUCAGGUGUAGAUACAGAAAAUGAUAUUAACUUGCAUAAUAGGAAUGAUAAAUCUGCUAGAAUUAACAGUGAGACAGGGACUGAUGGCUUAGGAGAAAACAAAAUUAUAUCUGACAACCAUGGAAAAAUGAAUGAUAAGCCAAAGGAUAUUGUUCAGCCAAUGUCGGACGAAAAAGAAUUUAUACCAAACUCAGUACCCGAGCUCAUUGCUAAUACAGACAAUGGGAAUGAUCAGACAGACAGUGUAAUGAAACCACAGUCAGACUUGGAUAGAAAGGUUUUCAACUUAAUUCAAGAAUAUUCCGUUGGUAAAAUAUUAAGGCUGAAAGAAGGAAAGUACAUUAUUCUUGGUAGAGUCAUGUUUGUACGGAUGCUGAAUGAUCAUGUAUUGGUAAGAAUUGGCGGUGGUUGGGAUGGUCUUGAACACUACUUAAUGACACACGUCAAAACAGGUUCACAGACGCAAAAUCCGCCAGUUACUCCUGCAAACGACGUCAAAAGCUGUACACCGACCAGCCGUUCUCAAACGUCGCGUCACAAAAGGCCCCCUUCUCCAGCUGCUCCGAGCUCAUUGCUAGACGAUAGCUGCAAGGGCGAGUUUCGUGCCUUCACUCCUCCAUUACUGCCAAGCUUUCUGGCUCGAGGACGUGAAAGUCCUUUACGAAAAACAUCUCGUGUCAUAGACACAGAUGACGCAGAUAUUGCAAGGGCAAUUCGCCGAAUUGAGAGUACUGUAUCAAAGAACAUCAACAGGAAUACCGGCUCUACUGUUUCAUUAGAGACAACAACAUCAGUUGAGAAUUUGAAGAAUUCUUCAACAGAUCGCAGAGUUGGGUCAGACAAUAUGGCGACCCACGAAAAUGAAGACUUUGCUCCUGUUAUCAUUAGGACCAAAGACGUAGAGAUUUCAUCGAGCGCAGAGAGCGAAGAGGCGAUCUUUCAGUCUGAUUUUACCGGUCAAAUUGAAAAUUUCGGAAAAGACAUUGAACAUACUUCAGAAUGUGUGGACGAAGAUGACAAUAAUAAUAAAAAUCAUCAAAGUAACACAAGCGAAAGCAUUCCGUUGGUGAAUGGUGACGUAAACCAGGAAGAGACAGAGGAGGACCAUAUGCAACAGAGCGUUAUCGAGGGGGCUGUAGAAUUUGUCGUUAUCAAAAAAGAGAGCGCAUCAGAGGAGUCCAAGAAAGAAUCCUCGACGAAGAAAAGUAAAGUUGAAACUAAAUCUGGGAAGGAAAAAAUUUCAGCAACGAAAAUGAACAGUGUCGAUAAGAAAACAGCACCAAAAUCUGCUCCUCCAAAAAGCAGCAAGACAAAUCCCGACAAGAAGGUAGCUGCAAGCAAGACUGGUAAUGCAAGAAGCACAAGUGCAAAGACGCCAGCAUCCAAAACAACUGAGAAAGCAUCCAAGGAAGCUUCAGGAAAGAGUUCUGUCGCGGCAACAAAGCAGACAUCCAAAAGUGUUGCUAUAAAAAGUGCUCCUGCCAAAGCUGCUUCUUCCAAAGCUGCAGCUACAAAACAGAUCCCAGCUAAAGCGUCAACAGCAAACGCCAAGGAAUCUUCAAAGAAAGCUGCUGCUGCGAAAGUAGCGCCUUCAAAGACAGAAGCCAAGCCUGCGAAAGCAAAAGAGUCUCCCAAGAAAGCCGCUGGUGGUGACAGCACGGACGGUGCGGCAAUGUCGUUGAAAUCAGCUGCUAAAGCCCCUUUGAAAGAUAAAGAAAUGAAGGGAGGAUCAACGGCUACAAAAGCAGCAGAAAUGUCGACAAAGGUCAAACCAGCUUCUGCCUCCAAAAAACCAACAACGGUCGGGGCAAAGGGGAAGGCAUCUGACAAAGAAACAAAAUCGUCACCAAGCAAGUCAACCUCUAAGCCUGCGACCCAAAGUACAUCUGGAGGUGCCAGUGCUAAAUCAACUAUUGAGAGUAAGAAAAGUGAAUCAGCUGAUGCAAAACCUUCAACAAAAGCUGCCACGAAGAAAACUGUUGAGGCUAGCAAGCCGUCUUCUGCUCCUGCAAAGCCUAAAAAGACCGAAAAGUCAUCUAAACCAGCUGAGAAACCUAAGUCUGCUCCUCCAAGGACAGCCCCAUCGACGAAAUCUGCACCAGCAGCAAAAACCACCCCAGUAGCAAAAACUACUCCAGCGGCAAAAGCCCCUUCUGCUGCUAAAACCGCUUCUGCUGCAAAAGCUCCUUCCUCAGCGAAGACUUCUCUUGCAACAAAAAGCGGUACAUCAGCCAAAGCUACUCCAACAUCAAAGACUGCCUCAACACCAAAGGCAUCCUCAACAAAGGGAUCCCAAGCGGCUGAAAAGCCUGCUAAGGGGGCUGGAAGACCUGGUACUUCGACGAGUAAAGCUGCUCUUUCAAAAACUGCCCCUGCAGCUUUGAAUGUGGACAAAAAAGCUAGUGCAAAAGCUAAACCUGCUCAAAUAACUGAGAAGAAAAAAGCUCCUCCUUCCAAAACAGCACCAAAAACAUCCAAAGCAAGUGAUAAAUCAACAAAGGUUUCCGAUAGCAAGCCCUCAAAAACAGAUAAGAGCAAGAAUGACAAUAAAAAGCCCGUUGAGUCCAUCAAGACAGAGACGGACAAAAUUCAUAAGGAGGCAUCUAUCGAAGACACAGUUCCACCAUGUGCAGAUAUUUCAACUCCUGCCUUAGUAAUGGACGUGAAAAAAGAUACUGAAGUCAUAGUCGAGUCAGAAAUAUCUGUGCCAGAAGAACAGGAUAGUCUUACUAAAAAUAAUGUCUUUGAACCAAGCAUUUUGACUCAAGACACGACUGAUAUCCACACUAAUGAUUUUGAAAUUGGUUCACAAAAUAUCGACUCUAAAAAUGAUGAGCAAGAGGAAGUUAAUUAUUUUGAAGAGGUUGCGAAUGUAAGUAAAAAUGUUUCUAUUGAAUCUGAGUUGACCUCGUCAGAAGGACAGUUAGAGAAGCCAGAAAAUGUUGCUAUGGACGCGCUAAGUGAAGCAAACGAGCAAAGGGUUGAUAACAGUAUCGCGCAAGGUGGAGACUAUGCUGAAGAAGAAACCCUGUCAUCGGAAAAGACAACUGGGCAUCUUCGAACGGAAACUUUUGAUAUAGAAGUUGAGGAAAAGGAAGAGGCAAAGGAAACUGGGAACGAAGAGGGGGUAGGGGCUGGUGAAAUGUCCACCAAAGAGGAUGCUGAUUCAAGAGACCAAGAGAGUGAGAAGUUUGACGAAUCGAAGCUGAUCUCUUUGGAAGAAAUCUCAGCAAAAUACAAUGAAGAGGACGUUCGUGAAGGUGCCGUUGCUCCAACCCCUCCCGAGACACCUUUACCAGACAACGUGACAUCAGAGACCCCAGUUGCAAGCACUCUAUCGGCGCUUGAGCUUCAGAACGAGUACUAUCCAGGCAGUACGCCAGCUGCCACGCCAAUGGAAGGAUAUCCUAAAGAUUUUCAUGCUGAAGCUGAAGUUGGACAAGAGGUGAAGGAUAUAGAGCAGGAAGAAGCAUCCAUGAUUCGUGACGUUGAGAGUAGUGCAAAGAAAGAAGAGCCUGUUUGUUCUGAAGAAGAGCAAUUAAACAUAGAAGAAAAAGUUCUGGAGGAAUCAAAAGGAGUCGAAGAUAACGCAUCUGCUUUGAUGGAAGAAACGAGCAAAGCAGGUUUUGAGGAAGUUGUAGCCAAUGAGGAAUCUCAAAUGAUUGAAGAAAUCGAAAAUGCUAUGCUUACAGAGAUACUGCCAGCAGAAGGCGAGGAAAAUUUAGCCAAUAAAGUGGAAUCUCCAAUGGUUGAAGAAAACGAAAAUACUUUGAUGGCAGAGACCCUUGAAGCAAGUUUUGAGGAAGAUUUAGCCAAUAAAGAAGACAUGUACGCGACGGAGGAGAAUAUACCAAGUAGGAGUGAAGCUGGAGAAGGCGAUGUGGAAUUUCUUGAAGGAAGUGAUGAAGCAAAAAGCAAAGAUGAACUUAGUAUUGAUAAUUGCAAUAGAGAAGACCAGGAAAGCGAAAGAGAUAUCGAAACAAGGGAACAAAGGGUUAUUGAUAUGCCCCUCGAGUCAAGCAAGCCAGAUUUUCAAGACGAUAGUGAUGUCUAUGAUACAGAAAAUGCAGAGUACGAUUCUAGCCAACAAAAUGAUCAGAUGAUCUUGAAUCAACCUGUUGAUUUGCAGUCUGAUCGGUAUCAUUCAGAUCCUCUUUCUCAUGACAUCAGGACAGAAUUUGAUCAAUCGAGCAUCACAGAUCCAAGCUUAUUAAGCGAAGCUCAGUCUGACAAACCUUUAAUGGAAAACGAAAGUACGCUAGGUAAAAGUGAUUUUAAUGAUCAAAGUGAAUCAGAGGAGUUUGGCGAACAAAACUUUGUCGUGGAUAAUGAAUCUGAGCAAGCAAAUGACGACAAGUUUGAAAAUGAACUUGCAAAAGUCGCUUGCGCACCUGAGACUAUUAAUGAGAAUAAAGAUUUAGAUGAACUGACAGCGACAGGUGAAACUGAAUUAAUCGCAGAGUUGCAGUCAACAGAUUUACAUUCGAUAGAAAAAGGUUACCAAGAAGAGAUACGAGACUCGGAAAACGAGCAACAAAGUGAGCUUGUCAAUACCCAGCUGUUAGAAGCAAAUCUUCAGCAAGACGCAGCCAUUUAUGAACUCGAAUCUAAAACGCCAAAGGACAGUGAAUUAUUAGAAGAUGUCACCUCGUUAGACCCAGAAAGUGUCCCUGAGAUGGCCGACGGCGACAGUGGUUUUGGGCAAUAUCCAUUUAAAGUCGGCAGCAAGGGAACAGAGGAAUUGAUGCUAAGAGAAUCAGUAGAGGCGCAAAAUUUCGGGUCUGACGCUUCAAUGGAGGACUCGUCAAUUGUUGCUGAGAGGCAAACACAGGAAGAAGAGGUAGUAGCCGCAGAGGAGGAGUAUGAUGUGGAAUCGUGCCCUCCAAGACGCGAUCUUUCGGAAUCCGAAAGUGAAGAUGAAAAUGAGGACAUAAAUAAUGCUGAAAUGGAUUUAAGUUCAGACAAGCCACUUAUAAAUGAGGGUGGGAAACAAAUUUCUUCAAAUGAUUUUAAAGAGAAAGAACUAAUUGAUAUAUCCCCAUCCCCCGAGAACAGCAAGUAUUUCAGUGAAAUUGGGGAUAUUGAAGGAGCUGAAAAUGAAUUGGAAGAAUCUUUGCGACGGGAGGAGGAAACUGUCAGCCAAACAUCUGCUGAUGAACCGGUCACGCCUGAAAACGAGCCGCAGGGCUUUCCUGAUGUCCUAACAGAAGGAAAAGAUAGAUUACACGAAUCUUCUGUAAAGCCUCUUGAAUUCGAUGCUACUGUAUCUAUGGAUGAUGCAUUUACUCCAUUGUCAGAUCUUCCAGAAGAUGCAGCUUCACCUCUUGUACACGACAGCUUUGAUAAUUAUCCUGAAACGGUUGAAAAAGAAAAUGACGUCGUUGACCCGAAUGCUGACGAUACGUUGUCCGAUGAUGGUGAUGUAUUCGAAAGUGAUAUUGUUAAACAUGCAAAAGAGAGUGUCAGAAUAGCGAAAUCUUUGGAUGAUUCUUGCGAAGAUGAAACCACUGGUUUGAAUUUUCAAAAGUUUGAAGAUAACGAUCCAUUUGAGAAGUUCAAGGACGAGAAGGAUGAGCAGACCCAAAACACAUCAAUUCAAGGCGAUCACCCUUCUUCUAAUGUGGUACCUCAAGUUAUUUCGUCACCUUGCGCUUCGGAGAGUGAAGAUUCUGGGGAUGAAUGUGAAGAUGACGUAACUGAGCAAGAUGCUGAUAUCUAUGAUGAUAAAGAACUGGCGAAUGUAGAGGACCAACCAAUGACUUUUGAACACGGUAGUGACACACCAUUAUCGCUCUCGGAAAUCCACCUAAAGGAUUCUUCUACAUCUGAGCUGCAAUCUUCCUUCCCUGAUGCCAAGACCUGUGAUGAACUUAGAGGAUUGUACGAGGCUGAUUCAGGUAAUUUACAAAGCCCAGAUGCAGUUCAAGAGCACCAUCAACACACGGAACAUUUAUGUCAGUCAGAACAUUAUCAGCGCUUGGAAGAGUAUGGAGACUCACAACAGUAUUCGCACCCGGAGCAGUUCCAGCAAGAGGAACAGUUCCAACAGCUGGGAAAACUCUCACAGUCGGAGCAGUACCAAUACGCGGAGGAUUACUCUUUAGAUGAAGAUCGAGAUGACAAGGACGAAGAGCAGACAGCAAAUGUGACAUCUUCAGAUAGAGAUUUACAAGACGAUCUAGAGGAUAACAGCAGCACUGUAGCAACACGUGGUGCUUCAGAAAGACAAAGUUUUGAUCAAGAGGAAGAAGGUGAUGACAACGAUGUUGGUGUUGAAGAAGAAGCUGACGAUGCACAGGAACUUGUUGAAAGUGACAAGCAGGCACAUAGUGAUGAUCAUGCUACAGACAGCAGUGAUUUUGUUAUGGUUGACUCACCAGUCAAACACUUAGAGGUCGGAGCCAGCUCGGAGGAAUCUGAUGCAGAGGAUGCCACAAAAACCACAGAAGUCUCAGAUGAAGCCACAAAAGACCCUGACUCUGACGACUCACCCUUCCACCAUAUUGACCUGAAAAUAUCAACGAAAGAGAUAGAAGAAGAAGAAGAAGAAACGCAUCAUCAAUCAUCCGAAGAAAAGAAUGACAUUUCUUCGGACCAGUUAGAUGCAUUGGUUUCAGAAAAUCAAGUGCCUGCCGAUCAGCAAAUCGUUUCAAUUGCUGCUGAAGAAUCGUCUGUGACUAUUGACGGUACUCAGAAUCAACUUAAUGCUGAAGAUUUCAGUCAAGACAUGACGACAGGACACAGUGCAAUGGACAACGAAAGACUGUCAGAGGAGACUUAUGAAAGCAGGGACAAGCAAACAGACCCAGCAAUGUAAGUGAUCUAUAUUUGGUAGUUUAGAACUUUUUAAGGGCGGUAUUCCAACACUUAAUAUUGUAUUCUAACAAAGAGCACCACAAAAACCUUUGUUCAUAAAAAGGUAAAUUCACGCAAAAGGUUUGCAUCGCAUCACAAAACAUAUUUCUAAUCCUAACUUGAGUGCUCACAAUGUCUUUUUGUAAUCAAUGCAAUUUCAGCGAAGAUAUUUGGCUUGAUCUGGUUAAGGCCCAACAACACCAAAUUUAUCUUUGCUGCUUUGAAAUGUACAUAAAAUGCAGAGUAAAGAAUAAAAGGUUUUUGGAAACGAAGUAGCACUUAUUUAGUGGACUGUUUUUGGGCGCUUUCAAUAUCUUUGUCAAGCUUUUUGUCCCUUUCCUGCU